GAUUACUGGAAAGCGCAUUUCCUUCUCUGGAACUGAGCUGGAUGUGUACAAAAGGCAAACAGGGCAUCACAACACGCUUCGUGUAAGGAUCGACUCCUACUUGCUCUCAGCAGUGCCACAGCAAUAUGUCCCUAGCCCCAGAAACGUUGGGAGAUACCACCGAUGCGUCCUCCUUCUUACAUCUUAACCCGCCUUUCCGUGCGGAGCAUGUGGGCUCCCUGUUGCGUUCUGCUUCCUUGCUGGAAAGGCGAGCUCAAUUCCAAACGAGUGCUUGCACGGCAGAAGAACUUCGAGCUGCCGAAGAUGCUGCCAUCGCCGAUGCCGUGAAGCUCCAGCAAGGAGCCUUCUAUGAGGGUAUCUUCGAGCAGUUUAGCGGCAUGUCAAACAUUGUUCGUCCUAUUGAGACGUUCAAAGCGUACCUCCCCUACGUCCAAUUUUUCAUCUAUGCAGGGUUCAAAGAAGUGCCAUCUAUCUACUGCACAGGUAAGAUCCAAUGGCCGGAAGGAGGCGUCCAUCUCCGGGAUUUCGAAUACCUGAAGAGUUUGGUUCAACCUCAGGAUAUCAAGAAACUGAAGGUCACCGUCUGCGGACCAACGUGGAUGCAUUUACGGCAUGGUUCCGAUAAUACCUACGACACUGCUGUGUACAAGACGGAUGACGCGUACUUUGCCGACCUGGUGCAGGCAUACCGAGAAGAACUCCGUGCUUUGUACGCAAGCGGCUGUCGGAACAUCCAAUUUGACGAUCCUACGUUUGCCUUCUUCUGUGCCGACUCGACGGUUGAGGGCAUGAAGAAGGCGGGUGUCAACUGGGAGAAGUUACUAGACACGUACAUACGUGUCUACAACGACAUUCUGCAAGACCGCCCUGGGGACCUUACUGUCUGUCUUCAUACCUGCCGUGGUAAUUACAAGGUGCGCGCCGCUAGGACAUCACCUGCCCCACUGGGUUUGCACUAUUGCGAAGGGGGUUACGAUCGCAUAGCCCAGAAAUUUUUCAACGAAUUGAAGGUGGACUGCUAUUACCUGGAGUACGACACGGAGCGAGCUGGCGAUCUGGAACCUCUGAAAUAUCUGCCGCAGAACAAGAUCGUCGUGCUAGGCCUUGUCACCACCAAGAAGGGACAGCUUGAGACUGUCGAAGAGCUGCGGGAUGCUAUCAACGAGGCGGCAGACCUCAUUGCGCAGGGCAAUUUUAAGCGCUCCAGAGCGUAUGCGCUGAACCAGAUCUGUAUCAGCCCGCAGUGCGGGUUUGCCUCUGUGGCCGAGGGCAACCCUAUCACGGAGGAGGAACAACGGGCAAAGUUGGCCCUUGUCGUCGAGGCGGCGAAGAAGAUCCUGGAGUAAAUUCGGCUCUGUUUCGUAGAGGGGCUGUGUGGCUGUGUGGUGUCCGAUCUGGCCUUGUGCCUUGUACAAUGUUCAUACUAGUAGCUGUGCAACGAACUCCUGGUUGACGGAAGUGAAGUCG